AUGGGAAUUGUGAUUCUAGGAGUCCUUGCUAUUGUUGGUGCUGGAGGUGGAGCAGCAUACUACGUGCACAAGAAAGACCAAGACCAACCCGAGGCAGAUGCUACGGCCGAGGCAGACGGCGGCAACGAAGGAGGUGCAGAAAAGAAGAAGAAGAGCAGGUUUGGAUUUGGCAAGAAAAAGGAAGGGGACGGAGAAGCGAAGAAAGAAGGUGGAGGCUGGAAGAUGCCUUCGAUGCCCAACCAGAAUAACAUGAAAAUGAUGAUGAUGAAACAGUCCAUGACCAACGCAUUCAAAUAA